UCCAAAGGGGAAAAAAUGUUAACAACUGUUUGAUUUUGUUUUGUUUAUUUACGAUUUAUGGAGUUAUGGGAUUUCGAUUUGCAGUGCAUAAAUAAUGAGCAGUAGUAUUUGUGUCUUUCUAGCUUCUUGAUUAAUUGGUACUAUGAAGCUUAAUGCUACUCCGAGGCAUUACAUGCCUCUGCCUCAGAAUCAAAGUGAUGAUGAUGAGUCUGGACCAAGUAAAGAAGAUAAAGUUGAUAAGCAGGUUUUUAAAAAUUCAUUUGAUGCUUCUGAAGGAUUAUCAAAAAGAAUUAGGCAUUCUGGAACUGCUGAAAUCAAUCCAAAGAAUCUUCCAAUGUCUCCUAUGCGAUUAACAAUGUUUAUCAUUUCAUUAAUUAUCUGUUUUCUUUUUGUUGUAAUUUUUGUGUUUUUUGUACCUUGCACAACAUCACAGAAUCUGAACAGGAUAUGUCAUUUAACGUACAAGUGGAGGAAGUCCUUCCCAAAUAUGUCUUUUACUUCACCUUUGGAUUUUCUUGACCAUGGAUCAUAUGGGAAACGCUUGAUAAUUCUUGGUUUUGAAGGAAGUGAAUCGGGCUUGAUUGCAAUUCAAGAAUCAAAUGGAAAAGAGAGUUGGAGGCUCCAUCUACAUUCUUUGCCAAUAUCAUCGUUCUGUAACGUGAUAGAUGUCAAUUCUGAUGGAAUAGCAGAAUGUUUAGUAAUUGGCUAUAAUGGUCUUUUUGCAGCAAUAGAUGUAAAGAAAGGUAUUAGCUUAUGGUACUUGCACAACCAUAGUGAUCUAAAUAGUGCUAAUUCCAUCUAUGGGCCUGUAAUUGUUCCUGAUUGUGAUGAAGACGGCAUUGCAGAUAUUGUUAUUUCCUAUGAUAUGGGUUCUAGUGACAAUAGCUCUUACCUAGCUCUGGUAUCUGGUGGAACAGGACAAAUAAUAGGAUCUCUUGUUGAAUUAACUCAAUGCCAUGGACCAGCAGUUUCACAGUUGUCUAUUGAAUACCAAAAUGCAAUUUAUCUAGUACUACAUUGUCCAGGUGAAAUAAAUGAUAAUUUAUGGCUUUUAUCAUCAAAAAACAUCCAUGAAGCUGCUUUAAAUGAAACAGAUAAACCUUUAUUGCAGAACAUUUUCAGAAUUCCCCAUUAUAAUCAAGAAAUUCAGUUUUAUCAAAUACCUGGAUCCAAUCGAGAGUUAAUAAUCAUUCUGGAUGGAAUUAAAAUUAUGCUAUUGAAAAUGACUUCUGGAUUCAAGUUUCAGAUUGUAUGGGAGACCCACGUAACUGCUAAUCAACAUUCAAGUGAACAUUAUUAUAGGCAGAACUCUUUAAAGAUUCUGACUGAUGGUCAAUUUGUGAAUGGAAGCAAUCAGUUAGUUGUAGCUUACACACAGACAUACCAAUCAAAGAUUAUUGGAUUGAGUCUGGUAGAUGGAAAGGAAGUCUGGUCUAUUACUCAUGAAAAUGGAACUGUCACAUCUGCUAUAAAGCUGGCAAACUUUUUUGGAAACAUUGAUGGUCUUCUUCUGAAAAUACUCUCAUCUGUAAAUGUGUAUGAAUCUGAAAUAUUUGAUGAGAAUUCCAAAAGUAAUACUUCAGAUCUGGAAAGAGAGAAAAGGCUUUUGAAAAAUAAUCUUAAAUCAUUGCAAGAAAGCUACAUAUUCAUCAAAUGUGGUGAAGUUCCUGUAACAAAGACUAUUACUACUGAAGAAGUUUUAACUGUAUGCAGUGCUAAUGGUGUUUGUGAUCCUAAUGUUUACACUUCAAAUUCUACAGUUUUAGUGAAAGCUGCUCCACUGGGCACCUCUUUUGAUAUGCUUAUGGUAACAUCAGCAGUCCUUCCAUUUACUAAUACUGAAGAGAUGAUAAUUAAGUAUUUAAAUUUGGAAAAUGUUUUAUCAUUUCCAAGAUGCACUAGUUAAAAUUGCUUUUCUCUGAAUGCUUCUGUAAUUUCUCGGAAUUUUAGAUAUUUUUUACCUAAAUAUUUGUCUUUUAUUUAUGCAAGAGUUUUAAUAAUUGAUGACUAUAAAAUGUUUAUAAAUUAAUUUUAAAUUUUAUAAAUCCAUAAUUUAU